CUCCCGGUCAAGACAGAAUGGAAACUUUGCUGAGGCAGCUGACUCGUGGAAACGCUCUGUUCUUCAUCCUCAUUUUGGGAAUUGGAGGAAGCUUUCAAAACGGCUUCCACAUCGUCGGCGUCAGUUCACCCUCACCGUUCAUACAAAGCUUCAUCAACAGCACUUGGUAUGAGAGGUAUGGAGAGCUUCCGCCUCCACAGACAGUCACUCUCAUCUGGUCUGCCAUUGUAUCGACAUACGCCAUUGGGGGACUGCUCGGUGCCCUCAGCGCCAAGUUUUUAACAGGCAUGCUUGGAAGGAAGAGAGCGAUGCUCGGCAACAACUUUAUCAGCAUUGUUGCAGCAGCUGUCAUGCUGACAAGUAAAGCUGCCAGCUCUUUUGAAUGCAUCAUUCUGGCCCGAUUUGUGUUUGGCCUUUCAGCAGGGCUAGGAGUAUGCAUCCAGUCAAUAUACCUCGCAGAGAGCUCACCCCAAAAAAUAAGAGGCAUGGUGACUCUGACCACUGCAACGUUUACCUCCAUCGGCAAACUGUCUGGACAAUUUUUUGGACUGAGCGAGAUCCUUGGCCGUGAGGAGCACUGGAACAUCCUCCUCUCCGUCCCAGCGUGUUUAUCCGUAGUUCAGCUUCUUGUGCUGCCUUUCUUUCCUGAGGCUCCCAGAUAUUUAUUAAUAGAGAAAGGUGAUGCAGAGGCUUGCAGAAAAGCCCUCCAGAGUCUAUGGGGCCAAGGUGAAUACAAGCAGGAGAUGGAGGGGAUGGCGGCUGAGCAGUCAGUCGUUAAAGGAGUCCGCCCUAAAAGUCUUUUGGAGCUUCUUAGAGACAGGAGUGUCCGAUGGCAGCUCAUCAGCAUGGCCGUGAUCUAUGGCUGCACCCAGUUUUCGGCUUCACCAACAAUAAGUGUCUUCUCCUUUGACAUCUUCCUGAAGGCAGGUAUCCCAAGGGAGAAGAUCCGCUAUGUCACCUUGGGUAUUGGAGCCACGGAGGUUCUCAGCUCCAUUUCCUGUGGCCUAAUGAUUGAGCACACAGGGAGGAGGCCGCUGCUCUGGGGUGGCUUCGGUGCCAUGUCAGCCAUUCAGGUGUUCCUCACCAUCACACUCAACCUGAAGGACUCAAGCUAUUGGGUUCCAUACAUUACGGUUGUGCUCAUCAUCCUGUUAAUCAUCUCCUACGUGGGAGGACCUGUGGGAGUCGCAACCUCUCUCAGCACUGAGCUCUUCAUCCAGUCUUAUCGUCCAGCAGCAGUUUCCUUGAUGAGCUUCCAGCGCUGGCUGUCCUUCUCCUUGAUUGGCCUGGUCUUCCCCUUCCUCAUUGAAGCCCUCGAGUCGUACUGCUUUGUGCUGUUUGCCUCUGUGUCCCUCCUGGGUUUUCUCUUUACCUUCUUCAUCCUGCCUGAGACGAAGGGAAAAACCUUGGUGGAGAUCUCGGAAGAGUUCAAAGCCAUCACUGUGUGCGGGAAAUCGUUCUCAGAGGACGAACCUGUGGAGACCAAGUUAUGAGACAGUGAACUGAUGCAGAAACUGCUCUUCAAAUGAACUGUUGCUUCAAAUUAACAAGGAGGUGAUGGUUUGGUCUGUGCAACCAAGUCAGACUAUGGAAUGUAUGGAAUAUGUUUAUUUCAUUCUAUGUACUUUCAACAUGUAUCUUUAAAAUGGUGUAAAACAAAAGAUUGGAGUUUCCCCUGGACAGCAAAGCUCCACAUAGAAAACUGUGAUAGUGUCAGUUUUGCAUAUUGAAGUUGCAGGGCUUUCUCUGUGACUUCUUGCAGUCUGAAAUCAGUUUGUGGAGUGUGGUUGUUUCAAAAUAAAGCUUCUAGUA